AUCCGGUCUUCGUCAACGCUACCAGUGUCAAAGCUAGCAAGAGCGUGGUUAUAUUGAAUGUUACAUUUUUUGAAGAAAUUGCAGCCGCUGGUCUAAUUUUAACACGAGGUGACUGAGUACAUAAGUUUGUGAACGCGGUCCUAUUGAGCAGGUUAUAUGCGGUAUCUGCUUGAAUCGGAUACUUUCACUUCAGAACAAGGGUCGUCGCUGAGGGAAGAGCCACGUUGUCUUUAUCAGAUAGCGUCUGUGUCAGAUAGCUAGUGGAUGUCUCUCGACACAGUUUUAAGAGAACCCCAUUGAUCUCAGGAUGCCAUGCCACAACCAGCAGGUGAACACAGUCAGCAGUGGCCAGGAGCACCCAAUGAAACAAGUACGGUUUGCGACCAGUAGCAGCAGUAACGUUAGUGUUCCUGCAGUGCUGUCCAACUCUGAACCAAGUGAUGACAACAUACAGCCUGUCAGCCUGGAGGAUGUGGGCCCGCAGCUCAAACUGCUUCCUCUAAAUGACCAGAUCCGUGAAUUACAGACUAUAAUCAGAGAUAAGACAACCAGCAGAGGAGAUUUUGUCUUUUGUGCUGACCGACUGAUCAGACUAGUAGUCGAAGAGGGUUUGAAUCAGCUCCCCUACUCGGAGUGCACCGUGACCACGCCAACAGGUUACAAGUAUGAAGGUGUCAAGUUUGAAAGAGGCAACUGUGGAGUCAGCAUUAUGAGGAGUGGAGAGGCCAUGGAGCAGGGUCUCCGCGAUUGCUGCCGAUCCAUCCGCAUUGGCAAGAUCCUGAUCCAGAGCGACGAGGAGACACAGAAAGCCAAGGUCUACUACGCCAAGUUUCCCCCAGAUGUGUACAGAAGAAAAGUGCUGCUCAUGUACCCCAUUCUCAGUACAGGGAACACUGUGAUCGAGGCGGUGAGGGUGCUGAUAGAGCACAGAGUCCAGCCCAAACAUAUCAUCCUCCUCAGCCUCUUCUCCACGCCUCAUGGAGCGAAAUCUAUAAUCCAGGAGUUCCCAGAUAUCACCAUCUUGACCACAGAGGUUCACCCAGUGGCUCCGACACAUUUUGGCCAGAGGUACUUUGGCACUGACUAACCGAGGACAACCUGAGGAACAUGGUCCGCAGUUUGUAUUCUUUAUUUAGGUGUAUCUCGUGUUCUUCUUGUUGUGCCAAAUAUUGCUACUAUCCCCAGAGUUUUUAACUGACACAAAUAAUGAAUCUGAUCGAAUGUAGUUGUUUUUUUUUUU